AUGACAUCAAGCGAAGAUGUGAUCACUCUCAACGUGGGCGGCACAGUGUACACUACAACUCGGAGCACUUUGAGCAAGGAAGCCGAUACAUUGCUCGCCAAUAUCGCUUCUGGAUCACUGUCUGAUGACGAACAGAUCAGUGUGGUGACUAUGCCGGACGGUUCUCUGUUCCUCGACCGCGAUGGACCUCUUUUCGCUUACAUUUUGCACUUUUUGCGCACCGAUAAGCUCUCAUUGCCGGAGCAAUUUCGCGAGGUCGCUCGUCUGAAAGACGAAGCCGAUUUUUAUCGUCUUGAAAAACUUUCGACGCUCCUGGCGGCUAGUUCGACUAUUUCUCGUCCACGAACCGCUAAUGGAUACACAACGUCUGGAGCUGAGACGGGUGUGUUUGUUUUUUUUUUCUAAAGUUGGGAGCAAUGACAGAAACUUGGAUGCCCGUAGACAUUUUUUUCAAAUCAGAACUAUUCUUCAAUAUCAUCCUAUCCGAUCCGAAAAUACGAAAAUACGAUCACUAGACAUAUUAGUCACCCGAUACAAUACAAAAACUCGUUGCCCAUUUGUAUGAUUCUGUCCAAUUUUCAGGUGGAUACAUAACCCUCGGCUACCGCGGGACAUUUGCAUUCGGAAGGGAUGGCCAGGCCGACGUGAAGUUCCGUAAGCUGCAUCGCAUUCUGGUGUGCGGACGGGCGACGCUGUGCCGUGAGGUGUUCGCUGACACACUCAAUGAGAGUCGUGACCCGGGUGGCCCAGAUGACGGCGAGCGAUACACGUCUCGUCUCUACUUAAAGCAUCAGUGUCUCGAGCGGGUGAGUCCAAUCAAUCGUAUGGUUGGGAAAGGGGGCUCCAGAUGACGACGGGAUGGAAUAAAUAAAUAUUGCCUCGCUUCUUACGCAUUCGUUUUCUUUUUUGAAGGCUUGCGAUUUGAUGGCCGAGAAGGGCUUUAAACUCGUGGCCACAUGCUGUUCCGGAGCGAAUGGACUCGCCGCCACGAAUCAUCGAUCCUCGCGAGCAAUAUGGGCAACAUUAAUCAGACGGUGAGUGCCUACACUCGAGCACUCGACAAGAUUGGGAAACGAAAAGGAGCAAGUACUAAGAGGUGAAUUGCAGGAGCUCAUGA